GCUGCGCCGGAAUUUUUGAAUGACUUCGAGGGUGACGCAAUCCGUCAGCCAGCCGCCGAGCCGCCUUUGGAGCUUUUCAGCUCUACUGACACUUCGGCGUCUUACGGAGGCGGCGUUCAAGUCCCGAAACCGUCGCUGAAGCUGAGGGAUUAUUUUCCGGAAACCUGGCUUUGGACAAUCGAGCUCGUCGGAAGCGAAGGUUCUGUGGUGAAGGACGAGAAAUUGCCUCACACGGUCACCGAAUGGGUGGGCAGUGCGAUUUGCUCCAACAAGAAGCACGGGUUCGGGAUCUCAAACGUGGCCAGGAUCAAAGCCUUCCAACCGUUUUUCAUUCAAUUCACGAUGCCCUAUUCCGUGAAGCGUGGGGAGAAGAUGCCGUUGAAAGUGUCCAUUUUCAAUCACAUGGACCACGACAUGCCCAUUUCGGUCACGCUGGAUGAAUCAAUGAACUUUGAUGUUGCUGAUGACGGCACGAAUGUGUAUCACUUGUGCUUGAAGAAAUCCGAUUCCGAAGUGGUCACUUUCAAUUUGACCUUCGCUGCCUUGGGUGAUAUCAACGUCACGGUGGAAGCCGCGACUAAUCCGACGUACGAGAAAGCAUGCGGUCCGGAAACUAUUCUGGCUUUCCAAGACAAAGUUGUGAAGAAGAUGAUUGUUGAGCCGGAAGGCUUUCCAGUGGAGCAGACGCGAAGCAAGUUUAUCUGCGCCCAGGGGCUCGACGGUGACGAGGAAGGGAACGCGACGACUUGGGAAUUCUCCGUCCCAGACAACGUGGUUCCGGACUCCGAACGCAUGUUUGUUUUCGCUUCCGGAGAUAUUCUCGGCCCAUCUCUUUCA